AUGUCUACCAACGUCCAACUUUGAUAAGGAUUUCAUAUAUACCCUAAUAUAAAUAGGUAUGUAUGUGUCAUUCACAAACAGUUGGUCUAUAUAAAGAACAGAUAGCGAAAAACAUAAAUUAGUGUUGGAUAAAGCCUUGAGAAAAAUAUCUUAGCAUGAGUUUCAAUAAUAAAGUAGUGUUGGUGACCGGAGCCAGCUCUGGUAUCGGAGCUGCUGCGGCGGAGGCGUUCAGCUCAGAGGGAGCUCAGGUUGUGAUGGUUGGACGCAACGAGACCAAGUUGUCGGCCGUGGCUGCGAAAUGCAACAAAGCGUUCUUCAUACGAGCUGAUGUCGCUAACGAUGAUGACGCGCGAUUUAUCUUGGAUGAGACGAUUAAUCGUUUUGGGAAAUUGGACAUUUUAAUCAAUAACGCCGGAGUUAUAAUCCCAGAAAGCAUUCUUAACGUGAAUGUAUUAAAAUCCUACGAUACAACGAUGGGAAUAAAUUUGCGAGCUAUCGUACAUCUAACGUCUUUGGCUGCGUCACAUUUGAUUGAAACGAAAGGUAGCAUCAUAAACAUAUCCAGUGUUGGCGGGCAGAUGGUGCCGCGACCUGGUUCAGGGUUCUCCAUGUACUAUGUAUCGAAAGCCGCUUUGAAUCAUUUCGGUCUUUGUAUAGCAGCUGAAUUAGCGCCUUAUGGUGUCAGAGUGAACACGAUCAGUCCCGGCCCAGUGAGGACCAACAUUUUUAACGAUCUCAACAUCGACGUAGACAACUUCUGUAACAGCACGGCGCUACAAAGAGUGUCCGAACCAAAGGAGGUAGCGGACUUGAUUUUAUUCCUUUCAAGUGAUAAGGCUAAAGCAAUAACCGGCUCGAACUACGUCAUCGACAACGGUAUUUUUAUUUGCCGUGCCAUGAAGUAAGGCGUGAUCUUGAAAUCAUAUUAUUUAAAUAAAUAUUUUUUAUUAUUAUUCUUUGAAAAUUUCGUUAUAAACAACAUCAACGAGCGCCAUCCAGGUCAUAUUUGUGUGGAUUAAAAUUAAUGUAUCGUUUGUCAGCCAGGUUUAGUCAAAGAACUGGUUUCAGAAAUAAUCUCCUCAGUACUGUUUUUGUUUGUGUUUAAACUUCGUAAGACACGUUUAUCACAUGUGACACUUUUUGUGCGGAAAACAAGAUACAUACAUAAUUUAAUCUAUAAAUAUUUAUUUUAUUUUUACACACUAAAUUUUAUCGUCAUAUCAUAGAACGUCGAAAAGAAUAUUUGCGUCAUUCAUUUUGGGCUGUCCGCCAUUUUGGAGUAAAAAUUAUAUAUGUAACAGUCUGUCAUGUAUUAAAAUGUGUCAAAAUAUAAUAGAAUCAUUCCUUCUGGUUUAUAAACGGACCAUAUAAAUUAUGAUUUUGAGAUUUCUGAUUUCUGACAUGUGAAAUCCAAACGAAAAUUUUAUUUCCCGUAUAUUUAUCAGUCAUUAAACUUUCAGCUUUGUUAUCAGCGAGUCGUUGUGCCACUUACCAACUCAAAUAUUAACAGUUACAAACUCAUUAACUUUAAUCCUUUUAUUAUACAUAUGUUUAUUUUACGAGAAUAAUUCCGUAUGUUCAGGAAGAAUUAAUUUUAGCGUAUUAAAUUACGAUUAUUUGUCUAAUAAAAUUUUAAAUCUUA